AUGCGUGCCAUCUUGCACGCGGGCUUUGGUUGCACGGGGGUUCCUGACCCCAAGGGAUUAGCCCCACUCCCUCUGGUACACAUCUUCAAGACAGCCUCCUCAACUGCCCCUCCCAUCCCGGACGGCGCGGCCGGCCCCAAUGGCGCCAACCCUCAAGACCCGAACCAUCGCCGCGCUGCCGGCCUCCAGCAGCAGCAGCACCAACAGUACCACCACCACCUGGCCGUCGAGAGAUCGCAGCUGGCUCGUCUGCGCGCCGACGAGCAGUACAUGGAGCGGCGGCGGAUCAACGUGCAAAACUUUGGCAGCGGGUGGCUGAAGCCCGCCGGGGUCGCCAAGACGCUGCACCAGAUGCGGGAGGAGAGGCGCGAGCAGGAAGAACACCAGGAGGCGCUGAGGCGGGAGGCGCUGGCGCAGGAGCUCGCCGAGGCCGAGGCCGCCGGCCAAGAGGAGCUUCUGGACGACGAGGACGGCGCGGCCGAGGAGGCGCAGCUCGAUGAAGCGCCCGACCUGGACGACGAGAUCCCCGAGGCUGACGGCAUGAGCCUAGGCUUUGGCUCGGACAGCGAUGCCGGCUCUUCCACGGUGCCGGAUGAGGACGGCUCCGAGGCGGAGGAUGAGGACGUGCGGAGGGAGCAGGCGCAAAACGACCUCCUCACGGCGGGUAUGCGUCGAACGGCAGACGCGUUCCGGGAGGCGCUCGCCAGAGGCCACGCCGACCCCGCCGAGGACGUGUACGGGCCCGACGACGACCUCCACGAGGGGCUCAACAACCACAUGCUCGACGAGGAGGAUUUCCUGGCCGAUAGCCUGGUCGAAGGGGGCGAGGAUAUGAAUCUCGACGCUGACCUGGACGAGGAGAUUCCCGAAAUGGAAUUCAGCGGCUACGAGCACACCGACUCUGACGCCGAGCUGACGAGUAGUGAGGAGGAUUACUCCGAGAUGAGGAUCGCCCACCAAACGACGACCCUGGCCCCGCCGCAGAGCCCAACACUCCGCGCCCGUCCCCGGGAGGAACCCCGCGCGAGUAUGGGUCUCAACAGCAUUCUUUCUCACGAGAGCAGUUUUAUGGAUAGCAGCCCUGCGAUGCGAGGUGGCCGUCGCCCUUGA